AUGUACUUCCUACAGGAGUGGAGAAGAACAGGAUGUCCUGUGUCAGGCAUCUUUCCUGGCCCUUCAACUCAAGUAUCUGCUACAUCUGCUAGCAGCACUCAAAAGCAGCAGCAGCUUGUCCAGAACCAGGCUGCUCAGAACACCCAGCUGCCAGCUGCUAGCCAGCAGUUCAGUAGCCUGUGGCAGUUCCUGAUGCACUUUGAUGCCAAUGCAGGGGCUUUGCAGAUCCAGUACCGGUGGGCCAUGGCCCAGCUUGCUAAGCUGUACAAAGAUCGAGUAGCAGAGCUGGAGAGUAAUGAGCCAGGAUCCAGCUCAGGCCGCAGACGACAAGGAGAAGGCAAGAUCAGGACCCAAGCCAAGAAUGAGAUGCUUCAGGGAGUGCCUGAUAGAGAGAGGAAGGCCUUUACUGUGCGUCUUAACCGGGCAGGCCGCUACCUUGAUGCAGCUGAGGAGCUUGGCUGGACUUCCCUCCUCUUCAUCCCUUAUGAGACUAUCUCAAGGCACUGGAUUGAGCAGACUUUGGGCAAGAAGGAGUGGCAGCUGUGGCUACAGCUAGUAGCAAAGGUCAACCCUGUUGCUAUAGAGGCUUUUGGCAUAGGAGACCAGUGGCUUGGGAGCAAAGCACUUGCUGGUGGCUCUUUGGAAGGAAAGACUUGCCUGUUCAUGGAAGGAGGCCUACCUCAGCCCCUGCAGUCUGCAGAAGAAGGUUCAGAGGAAGAGGAUGAGGAUGAGGAUGAGGAUGAUGAGGAAGACAAUGAGGGAGAAGGAGGAGAAGAGGGAGAUGAACAGGAGAAACAGCUUACCCUGCUUGAUCUGAUCAAACCUGUAGCCUCCUGUGUCACUGUCAGAUUAGUCAAGCACAUCUUCUUUAGCCUCCUACAAGAGAUUCCAGAUAGACAUUACCUCAAUAUGCAAUGUAAACAAGCUCAGUAA